AUGGCCGACCCCGUUAACCCUAGUAGUUAUGGGGAUACCUACACCAACCCUUCACAAGACCAGACCAUCAAGGUCACCAGCCUGCCUGACGCCAACCCGCAGAGGGCCCUCUCGCCCGACGCAGCCGCAGCGUUGUACCCGAAUCUUCCCUCGGGUCAGGCCAACAAAGACAUACGCAUGCUGCACCCAGCCGCCUACCUACCACCUGCUGGUCCCUAUAUCAACCCGGCAAGUGAAUCAGUCACAUUGGCGUCGUGGGAAACAUGCUGCUUAACCUGUUUCCAGCCACUGGCCUCUCAUGACCCUCCUUUGGAAAGGAACGACGGCCAAUUCCCUUGUCCAAACGAGUGCGCACUGGCUGCGCCUAUCCAAGCUGCUGGAGCAGUCCAUGCAGCCCAUCCCGGCCAGCCAUGCCCCCGCCUAUAUCUGACUAGGCGAGGCGCGGCUCGCAGACGCAUCUACCGGGUAGGCAACCCCUGGCUCGCUGGGCUACAGAUGUACCCUUCAGAGCCCGAGUGGGCGGUGCUCACGGCGAACGGUUAUAUUGAACCGUUGAGCACUUAUGCGAACAGGUACGCGCCAGCCUUCACCCAAAAAGCCUGGGCCUAUCGUGAGCCCGACGCCCCCAUGCCUUUGCAGAUAGCGUACAAGCACGAAAGACAAGGCACUGCCCCAAUCCCAACAGUCUCCAUGGGUGGAAAUCCCAACAAGAGGCGGAGGCAUGACAACUGGAAUGGCCAGACCCACAACAGGCCGUACGGGUAUCAAGCCGGCCCAACACCGUACCCCAUGGAGGGUAUCAGACCCAUCACAUGA